CGUAACGCGUUGUUUGCAGUUGUAUCGCCAUAUUGUAUAUUUAACGCGGGUCACUGGCGCGUGUAUGGGCUUUCCGUGAGAUUUUCCGUUGAAUAAAAGUGCGUGAAUCGAAAAUUAUCGUGAAAUAUCACGCACAAUGGAUCCAGAAAAGUUGAAAGUGGUCGAAUUACGGACAGAACUCUCACAGCGUGGACUCGAUACGAAAGGCGUCAAGUCAGUGCUCGUUGAGAGACUUCGUAAGGCAAUUGAAGAAGAAAAUGCAAGUCAGGAUCAUGGGAAUGCAGAAAAUAUACAUGAUGAAAAUGAAGAAAAGUCAGAGUCUGCAAAAGUACCACAGACACCGAAAAAGUCUAGUAGAUUGUCUAAAACUGUUGCAGCAGUUACGCCGCGUGAAACUCUGAGUAGCAAGAAAAGGAGAACUACUAGAGUCCCUUACUCUAGGAAACGAACGUCUCCAAAGAAAUCUGAACAAAAUGAUAUGUCACGUGAACCGUCACCUGCUAUAUCAGAACCUGCUUUACAAGAGGAAUCUACUAUAUCAGAAGACACUGCAGCAGAUGAAGCUACAGUCCAAGAUGAAAAAUCAGCUUCAUUGGAAAAAGACAAUGAAAUGGACACAAAAGAAUCAUCAAAUGCAGGACAUGAAACUUUGAAUUUACCAGAAGUUACAGUGAAACUUACAAAAGUAGAUGAAAAACAUGUUAAUAUCACAGAAAGUAGUGAAUCUAGCACAAAUGUUCCACAAGUAUCUGUUACUAAGUCACCGGUAAAGUCAGACCCUACAGAUAAUUCAGACCAAACUCAACAAUCAGUGACAGAGGUCGCGUUAGCGAAAGAAACAUCGGAAGAAACAUUGGAAGAUACAGAGAUUGUAAAAGAAGAUGAAAAUAUUGAUUCAAAUAAGUUGCAGGAUGAUAGACCAGAAGAAAUUGAUGAUAAACAUGAUAGAAUAGAAGAUACAGAGAAAGAAGUAAUCGAGGAAGAUAAUGUAGAACUAGCAGACAAUGUUCAAACCAUAGAACCUGUUGAUGAUGUUAAACCUACUGACAUUCCUGAAACAGAAUUACCAACACAGGAUUCAACCGAGCAAGAACAAAAUGUAAAUGAGAGUGAUAAUGACCAAUCUCAACCUAAAGAUGAAAUUAAAGAAGUUUUAUCCAGUGACAAAGCAGAAGAGGAAGAAGAAGAUAAUAUCGACGAAAAACAAAAUGAACAGGAUAUAGAAAUGACAGAAACAGAAAUGGCAGAAAUAACAGAAAUAGCGGAAAUUAAAGAUGAAGAAGAUACAGAUGUAGAUAUGAAAGAACAUGAUAAGUACGAAGUCGUUAAGGAUAGAAAGCGGAAAAGAUCGCCUAGUCCUGUGGAAGAUCGUCAUGAUCCGCCAGCGUUGAUGCUUGUUGAAAACGAACCGGACAUCGACGAUUCUGCUUUAAUUUUAUCUUGGUAUGAUUCGGAUUUAAAUCUGGUUAUCGAUAAAGACGGAUUUUUUACUGCCACUCCUAUGCACAACGAUGGAUUUUCGCACAUGUGGGCUGGCGCGAGAGCCUCGUAUGGUUUUCUGCAUGGAAAAGUUUAUUACGAAGCAAAAAUAGUGGAGCUCUGUCCCAUCGAUGCGGAAAACAAAGAACAUCCACAUAUACUCAGGAUUGGUUGGUCUACUCCGUACACAUCGAUGCAACUCGGAGAAGAAAAGUUCAGUUUUGGGUACUGUAGUACUGGGAAGAAAUUAACAGAUAACCAGUUCGAAGAUUACGGACUUCAGUUUGGCAAGGACGACGUCAUCGGAUGCUAUUUUGACGCGACAUCUGAGAGUGAUAUCGUGCUAUCUUACACUGUGAAUGGAAAAGAUCAAGGCACGGCGUUUAAUAUCUCCAAAGAAGAACUCGGGGACAAACCACUAUUUCCACAUAUUCUAAGUAAGAAUUGUAGUUUCGCAUGCAACUUUGGUCAAGAGAAACCAUGGGCAGAAGAAGUUUUACAAGAGUAUGUUUCGAUCGGGAACGUGGACUCUCAAUAUAAGAUUCCUGGACCACGGAGACCGGGCAAGAAAGAGGAGUGCGAAGUAAUAAUGAUGUGCGGAUUGCCCGCUUGCGGGAAAACUACUUGGGCAACAAAACACACGACCGAGCAUCCUCAGAAAAUGUACAAUAUCUUAGGACUUAGUACUCUAAUCAACAAAAUAAAAGAUCCAGGCUCGUCUCAAAAAGUGAACGACAGUAGUCAGUGGGAUACACUUAUCAAUAAAUGUAGCCGUGUAUUGGAUAAGUUAUUAGAAAUGGCUCCAACUAGAAGGCGUAAUUACAUUUUAGACCAGACAAACGUGUAUCCUUCUGCACAAAGACGUAAAAUGAAGAAUUUUUGUGGAUACCAGCGAAAAGCAGUGGUGAUGGUACCAUCUGAGGAAGAGUUCAAGUUGCGUGCUGAUAAAUACAAGUCGGAGGAAGGCAAGGAACCUAACGAAUCGACGCUCAUGGAAAUGAAAGCAAAUUUCAGAGCUCCAGUUGCCGGUGAAUUUUUCGAUGUCAUCGAUUGGGUCGAACUCUACGAAGAAGAGGGCAAGAAAGUUAUAGGAAAAUACAAUAAGGAAGGAAAAGACGCUGGAUACGGUCAGCAGCAAACAAGUAAACGACAGCGACUCGAUUCACGACCCGAGAACAAUCGAGAAAGUCGAAACGACGCGCGAAGUAAUCGCGAUAACCCUCGAGAGUAUCGGGACAGACGAGGCAAUAAUUAUACCGAAAGAAAUCGCAAUACCGCUUGGCGUGGUGGUCGUAAUUCAGGCUGGACAGAUAGGUCUCAAAGAGGUGGACAUAACAGACAUGGCGGUUAUGGUCCUCCAGCUGUAUGGAGAGGAAGAGGAGCACCUAUUCCACUUGUCCAUCGCGGAAUGGACAGAAGAGGGGGUAAUGCAGACAGAAGAACAGGAAACGAUAGAGGUCGUGCUGUGGGUUCUCGUCAAGGUGGCUGGGCACCAAUGGGAAAUUAUCAAGGAUCACAACAAUCCAAUUGGAAUCAAAGCAACUGGUCAGCUAGUGGUCAGCAAGGUGGCUGGGGCCAACAUAAUAAUUGGGGGGGAUCACAACAAUGGGGAAACUGGAAAAGCUAUGGUCAAGGCUCGUACAAUCAACAGGGUUAUGGUAAUGGUAACUGGAACAGUUGGAAUCAGCAGUAUUAUAAUCAGUAUUGGGGCCAGCAACAACAGCAACAACCACAGCAGCAGCAGCAGCAACAGGGUGGACAAACUACUACGAGCGGUCAGGCUGUAAACAAACAAUAAUCUACCACAGUAUGUGUCAGAAAAGUGGAACAUACAGUAAGGCAGACACGAUGGAAAACGUAACGACUGCUUUAUCUAACUAUUCCACGAUGGGAUAUAGUCACCACCAAGAGCGACGAGAGUAUAUAGUAAGGUAUACUCCUGGUCAGUGUGUCGUCAACACCGGGUAACGGUUUUGAUUACACACACAUAUAGAUGGAGAAAUGUUUCCACGACAAUAUAUUCACGAUUUUUGUUCGUAUAUUUUUCGAUGUACGAAUCCCAAAAUUAUUGUGGUUUUAUAACUCGAGCAACAAUCUAGAAUUUAUCGCAUGAAGGCACCGUUACACAUGCACCAAGAAACAAAUUAUUUUGCAUUGAGAAAUGCAGUGCGAAAUGAAAUAUAGUGUUAUACAAUUUUAUUACGAUUUAAGGUUCAUGAUCGCGAAUGAAACUUUUAACGACAGGAACUUAUUCGUAUUACGUACGUAGUUUUUAAAACGAGCAAAAGGGGGUAACGUAUACUGAACGUCUUGUUACGGUUUUUAAUCGAAAAGAAAGACCGAUCAAAAGGGAGAGUAUGACGUAUGGGUACACUACGCAAUUAGCACUAAGAUUAAAAUACUUGCAAUGAGUUAUCGCUCUCGGAAAAGAAUCGUGUAAAUAUGUACAGAUUUUCAAACGUAUUGCACGAUACGUUUAUUGGAAAUCUAUUUAUAUAUUAAGAAAAGUACCAUGUAAUAAAAAAAAAAAUACAGAUUAACGUUCUCAAUACAAGAGAGUAAUAUUGUAUAUGAUUUUGUCUUAUCUUUCUAUACUACUGAAAUGAUGUACAAAAAAGAGAAUAUCGUGUCACGAAUAAAUUAUUAUUGGAUUUGAUUCAUA